AUGCGCACGCGGAGCGGCACACAUGAGGUAGCGGAGGAUGCUACAAGAGCGGAGGCACAAGUUUCUCCGUCUUUAGAGCGCCGUGCACCCGCGACGCCGGCGCAGCCCAAGCAAAACCGCAUGAUAACGACGCCGCAUCACCGGAUGCAGAACCCCUUUACAACGCCGGCGCGGACGGGAAUGCCCCUUGUGACGCCGGCGCGCACAGCCCAGCGCACUUUUGGCUCGCCAGUAGCACCACCAGUGCCGCAAAAACGACUUGUGAUCCACAAGCUGGUCCUCCAGGACUUCAAGUCGUAUGCUGGGCGGCAGGAAAUCGGCCCAUUCCACAAGUCCUUCUCGAGUGUCGUUGGUCCGAACGGGAGCGGUAAGAGUAACGUGAUUGACUCGCUGCUUUUCGUGUUUGGAUGGCGCGCGAACAAGAUGCGCCAAGGCAAGCUCAGCGAACUGAUCUACAACCGCCAAGGCGCAGCGCCGCCACAGCACUGCACUGUAGAGGUGUGGUUCCGCGAGAUUAUCGACGUGCCGGGCUCGGAGGAGUUUACCGUGGUGCCGAACAGUCGUCUCAUUGUUGCAAGAAGCGCGUCGCGGAACAAUACAUCGCAAUAUACCAUCGACGGCAAACGAUCCAACUUUACCCAAGUCACAACACUGCUGCGCGAGCGCGGCAUAGAUCUGGAUCACAAGCGUUUUCUCAUCCUUCAAGGUGAGGUAGAGAGCAUUGCACAGAUGCCGCCCAAAGCCAGGACGGAGCACGACGAGGGACUUUUGGAGUACUUGGAAGAUAUUAUUGGCACGAGCGACUAUAAGCAGCCCAUUGCAGAGCACGCCAAUGCCGUGGACGCUGCGAAUGAAACGCGCGGAGAGAAAAUGCACCGCUUGAAAAUUGUGCAGCGCGAGCUGGACCAUCUCGAGCCGAAACGGAAACAGGCGGAGCAGUAUUUGCGCGACCACAACGAGCUCAUGCGCAACCAAUCGCGACUCUGGCAGCGAUACAUGUGGGAGGCGCGCGCGGGGCUUGCAAAAGUGUCCGAAGAAUCCGAAAUGCUUGCUGCGCAGCUCAGCCAAGAGGCCGAAAAGCACAGCGAGGCACAGUUGCAGUCCCAAAGCGUGCGCGAUCAAUUCGAAGCAGUCGCCGCCGAAGGCAGCGCAUUGGAAAAGCAGGUGCACACAUUGCGUAAAGAGCUUGGCCGCCACGAGAAGCACGACGUGGAACUUAAGGCGCGCGAAAAGCUGCUGCAAGGCAAACGCAAAAAGCUCACCACCGCACUUUCCGACGGCAAGUCUAACGUGUCCGAAGCGCGCGCCGAGGCGCAGAAUGCCGACAGCGAAAUAGAACGCAUACACGAGGAGAUCGCAGCGCAUGAAGCAGCGCUGGAACACGAGCAGUCCGCGCUCGAGCGCAUGUGCGAUGACCUGGAGAGCAAGACGCGCGUAUUUAACCUGCAAAUCCAAGAAAAGCAGCAGCAGCUCGCGCCGUGGGCUGCCAAGAUUCGCGAGCACAAUGCAGCGCGCGACGUCGCAAUGCAGGAGCGUGCGCUGCUUCUCGAGCACGAGCAAGAAGUGCAGCAGCGACACACAGAGGCCAAGGCGCAUGUACAGGAUUUGCACGCAGCGCUGCAAGAGAAGCACGACGAGGUUGCCGCGCUCGAGUCGGAAAAAGUUGGCACUGCCGACAAGGCUGCCGACGACGCCGACAUGCUCGAGAAAAUGCGCAGCGAAGAGCACACACUCCGCACAAAGGCUGCUAUGGCGCGGCGCACGGCCGAAGAAGCUGCCGACGCCGUGGCUGCGAGCAAAUCGCACGGCGAAAUGCUCAGCAACCUCACGCGCCAGGCCGAGCUGGGCUUUUUAAGUGGAUUACACGGGCGUCUUGGCUCCCUUGGCACCAUCGAUGCGCGGUACGACAAGGCGGUGAGCACAGCGUGCCGCGCCCUGAACGAUAUUCUAGUCGAGUCUGUCGAGUCGGGCCAAGAAUGCAUCGAGUACCUACGCAAACACAACCUCGGUCGUGCGCGGUUCCUGCUUCUCCAAAGUGUCAAGGUGGAUUCAAAAGCCAUGGCGCCUCUUGCCACGCCGGAAAAUGUGCCGCGUCUGUUUGAUUUGAUUGUGCCCAAAGACGCUCGGUACGCUUCUGCCUUUUACUCGGAACUCGGCGACACGCUUGUAGCGCGCGAUCUCCAACAAGCGUCGCGCAUUGCUUAUGGCAAGCGCCGCUGGCGUGUUGUCACCGAAGACGGCCAGCUGAUCGACAAGAGCGGCACCAUGUCUGGCGGCGGUGCCAAGCCCAAACAAGGCCUGAUGAGCUCUACACUGAUCAGCGAUGUUUCUGCGGAACACGCAGCGACGCUCCGGAAAGAAGCGCAGGCCGCGGAUGCAGCGCUCCAAAGCCAUGUAAAAUCCUUGGCCCAUUUUAGCGCUAUAUAUGAGCGCUCUACCAGCCGUGGCCCUGACAUUGAUCACAGGCUAGCCAUGCUCGCAAUGGAUAUUCGUACGAACGAGCAGCGCAUAAGACAGGCAAGGCAGCGCGUCGAAGAGGCGGAAAAAGAGUGCAGAGAGAACACGGGCGAUGCGCAACGUUUCCAGGCGCUCGAUGCACAGGUAGAAGAGCAUACCAGCGCAACUGCAUCGCUGCAUACGACUACGCAAAGCAUUGAAGCAGAAAUACAAGCGUUGCAGGAGCACAUUCUACAAGUCGGUGGUGUAGAAUUGCGCACGCUGCAAAGCAAAGUGGAAGGCGUUCGUGGAAUGCUGGCGCUUGCGAACGAGCGUCUCGCGAAUGUAGAACUCUCCAAGGCCAAGGCGGAGAAUGAAAUGAAGCGAUACGAGACGUCCAAGCAUGACAAUGCGGCGCAGCUUGCCGCACUUGACACAGAGAUUGCCGAACUGGAGGACAAGCAGCGUGCGCAGUCCUCCGCGAUGGAUGUGCUCCGCACCCAAGUGGACGAGCUGCGCUAUGAGCUGGAGGAAAAGAGUGCGCGCAAGAAAGAGCUCAAAGGCGUGCUGGAAGAGCACGCGGAGAAACUCGGCGCUUUUUGCAAAUUUGAACUCGAGGUCAAGCAGCAGCUCGAGGCGUGCGAACAGCGCAAGACAGAGAGCGAGCAGCAACUGGCAUCGUGGAGCGAAAAGCACGCGCAACUUGCACUGCACGACGCGAAUUUGGCUGUCGACAUGCGGCAGGCCAAGAGCGAGCCCGACGUUGAGCUUGACGACGUGUCGCUUCCCCCUCUUUCCGAUGCGGAGCUCGAGACAAUGGACAAACAAGCGCUAUUGUCUACGAUCGAGGUGAUGGAGAAGCGCAUGGAAGAAAACGAGUCGAAUCUCGACGUUUUGGACGAGUACCGAACGACGGAAGAAGUGUUCCUUUCGCGUGCCAAGGAGCUUGAAGAUACCACCGCCGUGCGCGACGGCGCACAGCAGAAAUUUGACGCGCUGCGCAAAGAGCGGCUGCAGCGCUUCAUGCAAGGCUUUUCGCAAAUUUCGCUCAAGCUCAAGGAAAUGUACCAAACAAUUACGCUGGGCGGCAACGCCGAGCUGGAGCUGGUCGAUAGCUUGGAUCCGUUCAGCGAAGGCAUCCUAUUUAGUGUCAUGCCGCCCAAGAAGAGCUGGAAGAACAUUAGCAACUUGAGCGGGGGCGAAAAGACGCUGAGUAGCUUGGCAUUGGUAUUUGCUUUGCAUGCAUACAAGCCGACACCAUUGUACGUGAUGGACGAAAUCGACGCUGCGCUCGACUUCCGCAACGUCUCGAUCAUUGCCAACAUUAUCAAAGAGCGCACACGCGGCGCGCAGUUUAUCAUCAUUUCCCUGCGGAAUAACAUGUUUGAACUGAGCGCACGGCUUGUUGGCGUAUACAAGACGGGCAACUGCACCAAGAGCCUGGCGAUCGACAAUACAGACCUGCACCGCAAGGCUGCGCCGACGCCGAGCCCCAGCAAACUACCGACUUCUCCGCUGAAAACACAAGAUUCGCCUUCGAAAGCGAGCGGCGCUACAGGCCCUCUACUGUACUAG